CUGCGGCUGGCGUUCGUGGCGUUCGCAUAAGUGACGAUUGUCCCCUGCGGUUGUCGUCGAUGAGCACGGUCGUGUACACGUUGGCGGCAAGGGGAGACGACAUCGAUACGUGAGCGUUGGGAAAGGCAAACGACCAUCGUCAGUGCGUGGCUCCCAAGAUAUUGCACAGCCACUGACGCUGUGAUCUUCCGCGUGGCGGUGUUUGUGGAGUCCAGUGGUUUGAUUGACAUGAUGUCAUCGGAAGCGGCGUCUGGGAUGGACGUUGACAGCGGGGCAGGGCGCGGCGGUUUGACGACGGCGGAGAGGACGGCUAUUGCUGCGGUGGUUAAUGCCGUCCUCUUCCGCUGCCAGAUGGCAGGCAAUGACGCAAACUUCAAAGCGGUUGUUCGUGCACGGCGCAAGCUGUUGGUGCUUCCGACGACUAGGCAGUGCUUGGAUGUGGCUGCCAUUUCCGACGCGGUGCUGGAGGUCUGCUAUGCGAUGGGGUGCGGGGGGAUUCCAAGGGCGACUCCACGGUGGUGGGUGAAGCGGCGAACGGGCGGCACGUGGGAGGAUCUGCGGCAAUGUGAUGACGCAACGGAUGAUUACUUCAAGGAGAAACUUCGAAUGUCGCCUCAUGCAGACCACAUCAUUGCCUAUGCACUGUACAGGGGGGCCACGGGGGAGACGUACGACAACGGGACGUGUAGCUUCGGCAUCGGGAGGGCUUCCGGCAUCACGACGGUGCGUGACGUCACGGCGACGUUGCUGACUGCUUACCCCGACAAGAUACCAUGGCCCACAGGUUUGCAGAAGCCGGUCGUGUUGCGCGCCUUCGCUGAUCAGGGGUUUCCAAACUGCCAUGGGUGCAUCGACUGCACACAUAUCUACAUCGACAAACCCGCGAACACCAACGGUGAGGACUAUUGUGACAGGAGACGUCGAUUCUCCGUGCAGGCGCAAGUGGUGGUCGACAUGAACUUGCGUGUGCUGGACGUCUUCGUCGGUUAUCCAGGGAGUGUGCAUGACAUGAGGAUGCUGAACCUGUCGAGGAUGCUGAACCUGUCGAGUUUGUGGGUGCGCGCGGAAUCAGGACAACUUUUCACUGGGCCGCAUGUGAUGCUGCCUUUCGGUGUGCGGACUAAUGGCUACUUGCUCGGCGACAACGGUUAUCCGUAGUCGGAAUGGGUAGUCGUCCCUUACGGCAGUCUCGUACAACACCCGACGGAGGCACGCUUCGACAACAAACAGAAGACGGCAAG